CCAGGCCGCUCUUCAAGGGGCUGGAGUCGAGGCUAGGUUGAGAGCUGUAUAAAAGUUGUACUUUCAUUUUGAUACUGAAUUUCAAGAAACAUUACUAAUAAUGAGUUGCUUAUUGUGGAAGACAGUUACUCUCCUGAGCCUGGUUUGGCCUGUUAGAGGACAAUCAAGUGGAGAUCUAAGGCUGGUAGGCAGCUUUAGACAAACAGGAGGCUCCUCUGGCAGACUGGAGGUCUAUUACAAUAGACAAUGGGGGACAGUGUGUCAGGACAAUUUCAGUCAAGAUGAUGCAGUGGUGGCUUGUCGUCAACUAGGGUUCUCAACCUACACUCAAUACGGAACAGUUGGAAGGCUAGAUUUCUCUGAAGCUUCAUCAUUCACUCCGACAUGGUUGGACGAGCUUCGUUGUCGAGGAACUGAGAGCAGACUCGGUAAUUGCCGUGCUAACCCUAUCGGAGUUGAAGAUUGCACCCAUUCUGAAGAUAUUGCCUUGGUCUGUACUACAAGCACUACUGCAAGCACUGCAAGCCCAAAUGGAGACCUGAGGCUGAUAGACAGGUCAGGUCAAACAAUAGGCUCCUCUGGCAGACUGGAGGUCUAUUACAAUGGACAAUGGGGGACCGUGUGUGAUGACCUCUUCGGUCCAAAUGAUGCAGUGGUGGCUUGUCGUCAACUAGGGUUCUCAACCUACACUCGAUACGGAAUAGUUAGAACGCUAGGAUUCUCCCAACCUUCAUCAUCCACUCGGACAUGGUUGGACAAUCUUCAUUGCUCAGGAACUGAGAGCAGACUCAUUAAUUGCCCUGCUAACCCUAUCGGAGUUGAAGAUUGCACCCAUUUUGAAGAUAUUGCCUUGAUCUGUACUACAACAUCGGCGUCCAGCGUAUCUAUCGGUAUUGGAGUGUCUGUUCCUGUCAUCUUCAUCAUUUUCGUGUUUGUGAUUAUCGUCUUGUUCUGUAGUAUCGUAAGAAGGCGUCGCCUGAAUAGCCCCCCACCCAGGAAUCUAAACUCUAACACUACGUCGACAGCUACAACGACCGUCACAAAUACACAAAAUACAGCCUACUCCAUGAAUCAAAGAUCUUCAAACUCUAAUCAACCUCCCCCUCCAAAUGUUCAUGGGCCUCAACCAGCAGCUGCCUACCCGACUGGACAAUAUGCCGCCCCCUCGUACCACACGUCCUACCCUCAGCAACCCCCAGCCCCAAGUUAUCCUCAGCAACCCCCAGCCACUGCAAAACCACCCCCUGCACUGUAUUUUUCUGGCGGAGAAGCCCCUCCACCAUAUCCGGGAUAACCACGGGUAUCUUGAUGUCUCAUAAUUAUUAUAGCUCAAUUUCUUAGCUCAAUAUUAUCUUUUAUAUACGAUGUCACAAAACUGUCUAUAAUAAUCCAUACAUGCUUGCAUGGUAUUUGGCCAGAAACUGUCAUUUCCCAAAUAUGAACUUUGAGCUGGGACACUGUUUGUGAUAUAGAUAAUUAUAUAAAAAAUUAUGUUUUCAGACAAUCAUAAGCUAUAAUUAUAGAUUGGCUAAUUAUUUUUGGACUUAGUGCUUUCACUUUCUAUAGAUACACUUUACAUGAGCCCAGUGCCAAUUUAGUACAUGUAUACAAUGUUGGACCAUGAAUAAUAUUAAUAUUGGGAUUCGUCA